UAUGAUGCGCGCUGGCGGAAGGGCUUGGCGGCUUUUCGGCGCGCCAACAGGGAGGCGGUGGCUGUCGGGGCGCUGCCUGAGCGGGUUGCGAGUCAUGGCAGGAGCCGGAGGGGCGGCGGAGCCCGGCAUGGGGCAGAGAAUGGUCUGGGUGGACCUGGAGAUGACUGGGCUGGACAUCGAGAAAGACCAGAUCAUCGAGAUGGCCUGUCUCAUAACAGAUUCAGACUUGAACAUCUUGGCUGAGGGUCCCAACCUGAUAAUAAACCAGCCAGAUGAGCUGCUGGACAGCAUGUCAGAAUGGUGCAAAGAGCAUCACGGAAAGUCUGGCCUUACAAAGGCAGUGCAGGAGAGCACAAUCUCACUGCGUCAAGCAGAGUACGAAUUCCUGUCUUUUGUCCGUCAACAGACACCCCCAGGACUCUGCCCACUUGCCGGAAACUCGGUUCAUGCGGACAAGAAAUUCCUCGACAAGCACAUGCCCCAGUUCAUGAAACACCUUCACUACAGGAUCAUUGAUGUGAGCACCAUCAAAGAACUGUGCAGACGCUGGUACCCAGAAGACUACGAGUUUGCUCCAAAGAAGGCUGCGUCUCAUAGAGCCCUGGAUGACAUCAGGGAGAGUAUCAAAGAGCUUCAGUUCUACAGAAAUAGCAUCUUCAAGAGGAAAACGGACGAGAAGAAAAGAAAACUAGUGGAAAAUGGUGAAAAUGAAAAGCUGGCCAGUUGAUCUUGCAGCCUGGUUCUUUAGCAAAAGCACAAGGCACCAGAUGUGUCUCCCGCCUGCCGUUUUCAGUUCCCUGUUGGUUAAAGAAGGGGCUGCUUCCUCAAGAUUGUUAACAAUCACUGACUACCACAUGUGACGGGUUGUUGACAUCUGAAUUGCAGCCAGUGCCUUGAACCAACCGCAGCCAUUUGGUUCAUGCAUACGGAGUACCUUUUGUAGUUAAAGAACCCCUAUUUGGUUUUAGGAACCCUCUUUUAUUAUGCAAUAAAGCCAGCCUUGCUGAAAGAUGCUUGCCUCUUUUCUAGA